AUGUCCAUGGAUAUCUCACCAGAGGAACCCGCUGCCACCAACACCAUGGACACCGUCGUUGAUGCCAACGAACCAUCAGCAGCAGCUUCUGAGUCUACCAACGCCGAGCCCAUCGCUACCGAGCCCACAGAUAAUGGACCCACUGACGCUGAACUCACCAACGCCGAGCUCAACCAUGCUGAGCCUGCUGAUGUCGAACUCGCUGAUACUGAACCCGCAGACACCGAACCCUCAACCACAGAACAAGUCAUGACAGACGUAGACACUACGGAGCCCAUUAACACCACCAUCGUCACGGACGCCGUUGCGGAUAAUGCCGACCCACCAGCUAUCAUUGCUACUACUACUGCCACAGGAUUAUCGCCAUCGCCGCAGACAGCUGAGAAUGGAUUGUCGCCAGGAUACACUGCUGCAGGAGUACCCACAUCCAGCGAGACUGGAGACGAUGGACCCUCGACCCCUAUGUCUGGACAGUCUGCCGUUGUUGCCACUGCAACACCCAGACCUCAGCCAGACACCAUUGACGGCAGGAGCACCAAAACUGGAUACGUCUACGACGUCAGAAUGAGAUUUCAUCAAAACAUCCACGGAGAUAAUGAUCACCCCGAGGACCCAAGGCGCAUCUGGAAGAUCUAUGAGGCGCUGAAGAAUGCAGGGUGCUUGACUCGGAUGGUCAAACUCCCUUCACGCGAGGCUACACAGGCAGAAUUGGGGCUUGUCCACACAGAAGAGCAUAUUCAAACCAUCACCGACACUGCCAAGAUGGACAGGGAGCAGCUACUAGAUGUCGCCAACAGUUACAACAGUAUCUAUCUCAGUGCAGAAUCAGCCAUCUGUGCCCGCCUCUCCUGUGGAAACUUGUUGGAACUGUGCUCAGCAGUCGCCACCGGGAAGGUCUUGAACGGUGUUGCGAUUGUCAGACCCCCAGGACAUCAUGCUGAACCUGAUGAAGCGGGAGGAUUCUGUCUCUUCAAUAACGUCGCCAUUGCUGCACGGUUCUUGCAGAAAGAACAUGGACUGAAAAAGAUCUUUAUCUUGGAUUGGGAUGUUCAUCACGGCAACGGAACUCAAAAAGCUUUUCUUGACGACCCUGACGUGGUGUAUUGCUCGAUCCAUCGUUACGACGACGGCACGUUCUAUCCUGGCGAUCCUGUUGCCGCUGCGCUGGAUAUGAUUGGUGUUGGAAAAGGUCGCGGAAAGAACAUCAAUAUCCCUUGGCCAUGUAGCGGGAUGGGCGACGCUGAGUACAUUUAUGCAUUCCACAAGGUCGUCAUGCCGAUUGUGUACGAGUUCGCACCAGAUUUUGUUCUCGUCAGUGCAGGAUUUGACGCCGCCGCAGGCGAUCACAUUGGAGAGAACCUGGUAUCACCGGCUGCUUAUGGACACAUGACACAUAUGUUAAAGUCAUUGGCAGGAGGCAAGAUUGUGUUGGCGCUCGAGGGCGGAUACAACCUGGAAUCGAUCGCUGUGUCAGGACUCGCCUGUACUAAGGCCCUUCUCAGCGACCCUAUCCCUGCUCUCGGAAGCAUCAUCCCCAAUCCCGCCUGCAUUCAGACGAUUCACGAGGUUCUGGAAGUUCAGUCGCGCUACUGGAGGAGCAUCACUCCCACUUUUAUUGACCCUACUGAAGAAAAACAAGAAGGCUGGAAUGUGGUCGAGUUGUCAAAGGUCCUGGGAGUGUACAGAUCGGACUUUUUGUACAAGGAGCAUCGCAUGCUCAAAUUACCCAUCUCGAAUGCAUCUUACGGCGCAGAUUUUCUUGACAACGUCCAUUGCACCCAACAAUUGUAUUCUACCAAGCCAUUAUAUAUCUUUAUUCAUAACGUUGGUGAGUUCCGUGCCCGGACGAUGGGCGCAAACAACAUUCUUCGGCCGGACAAGUCCAAGAUGCUGGACACUGUCGCACAUUACGUAGAAAGGAUUGUUCAAUCAGGAAACGAGUUGAUCGACAUUGUGGUACCAUACCAGCCUGCAACCGAGGAUGACAAGGAGCCACUCAAGGAUAAACUGACAGAGCUUUUGUGUGAUAUCUGGGACAACUUUGUGUACAUGACGGGAGACACACGCCGGAUCGUGCUGUUGGCAACUGGGUUUGGAUGCUACAGUAUGAUCUCGUUCAUGAAUGAGAGGCAGAAGGAUGUUGCGCGGUAUGUCUCUUGCGCAGUUGUGGUCCCCGGAGGAGAUGAGGCUGUUCCGAUGGUGACCAGGAGGCUGGCAAAUUGGUACAUGGACCAUUCGUUUGUGGUUGUUGCGGACGAUCACCCUGUCUGGGAACGGGUCAACCAGAAGAUGAGCAACAGGACCGGAAACAUUGUCCGAUCUGGUCGACCAUCGGAAAGAUUGUCAGAGUCGCUUCCACGGCUGUACAACACACUCUUCUUGGAGAUCGAACGGCGGAUCAAGGCCCUUCCUCCAUUGGACCCACCAAACUACAUGCUGGAUCUUCAGGAACCCCUAAGCAACAGCAGCAACAACAGGAACGGAGUCAAUGACGGUAGUAGCUCCACAGAGGCAAUGAUCGUUGAUAGUGGCCCAGUAGCACUAGAAUCAAAAACCUCAACAGAACAACAACAGCAACAACAACAACAGCCCUACACCUUCCCGUCGAACUCCGUCAAUGUAGAUCACGCCAUCGUCCAGCAGGUGAAUGGAUCUAAUCUGCCACCGCAGUUUCAUUCGACGGGAUCCUUGCCCAGUUCUUUGUCCGAGGCAUCAACGCCUUUUGCGGACUCUCAUGCCGGACCCAUGACCUCGUCGUCGGUAUCGUCCGUGCCAGAUGUAGCGGCAGCGUCAUCAACAGGAAGUCUGUCCUCCCGAGGAUCCAACAAUAACCCAUUGGUGGAUCGAUCAACCAUCUCUGCGGUUCAGUCGCUACAGAGAUCACAGCCUUACCCGACUUUGGCAUCUUCUUCGACAACCACCAGUCAAUUGUUCAAUGGUCGUUCGCCUUCUGUCGGGAGCCUUGGCAGCUCUUCUGGAGGGAUCGCGGGAUCUUCGCCAACACCUGCGGGGGGUCACCACCAUCAACAACAGCAGUUUCCACAGGGGAUCCGCUCAACGUCCAAUAUGACCGCCCAGCACCCACAUCCUUCCUCACCGCAUCAUCAAUAUCUUCAGCAGCAGCAGCAGUUGCUCCCUCAACAGCGGACACCAGAUCUGAGUCCUGGACCUCAGGAUCUUCACCAUCCUCAUACCCUCGAUCGGGGCGGUCCACUGUUGAUGUCGGGUGGUGCUUCAGAACACCAUGAUGCCAACAGCCCGCGCCAACAGCACCCAUCACACCAACACCAGCACCAACAGCAUCAUCAGUUCCAGAACGCGGAUGAAGCUUUUGUGAGGCAGAGAUCUCUUUCUUCCGACAACCCCUAG